AUGGAAAGCAAUAUAGAGGAUCUCUCUAAUGGCCAGAUCUUCUCCAAAGCACAACUUGAGGCUUUACAACAGAUAAUGGGACGUGCUGGUCUCUCUGGUAUAUCAAAUUCUAAUUCAGUUGCCACUAGCCACUUUGUCCAAUCAGGCAAAGAUAAAGUUAAGGUUGCUGAUGGGUCGUUUGUUCCUAUCCAUGGAAAAGGUUUUAUUCCUAUUUCCAAUACUCUGUCUCUUUCAUCUGUCUUACAUGAUCUAACCUCAGGGAAGAAGAUUGGCAGUGGUGAAGAGAGAGACGGGCUGUAUUAUCUUUAUCUUGUCUUUCAAUGUGAAAUUUGUGAACUUUCUAAAAGUCACCAUGUUCCUUUUCCAAUUAGUAAUAAACUUUCUGCAAUUCCUUUUUCGAUGGUUCACACUGAUAUUUGGGGACCCUCCCAUAUCCUAUCCUUGUUUGGCUUUAGAUGGAAACCUGGUCAGACUAUACAGCCCGACACUCUUACCUGCAAUCAAUCUUCAACUCCGGAGUUGGAAAAUGAGCACUAUGUUUUUAUUUCUCAAAUUUCUACCGAAAGUAUUCCUGCGAAUAUUUCUGAGGCACUAAAGGAUCUAAAAUGGAGAGGAACAGUUCUUGAGGAAAUGAAAGCUCUACAGCAAAAUGAAACUUAG